AUGGUUGGGCUUAGCGAGCGCUUUAGCGGCACGGUAUUAAUCGUGCUCAUCACUAUUGUCAAUGCUACCUCCAUGUCAUGGUUUGGCUACGAUCAGGGUGUCUUUUCCGGCGUCCUCAUUUCCAAGGAUUUCAAGAAAUGGUUCCCGGAGACGAAUGAAGCCAACAUUUCUGGCAUCACGUCUAGCUGCUUUGCCCUCGGUGCCUUCUUCGGCGCCAUUUUCGCGUUCACUCUAGGUGAUAAGCUUGGUCGCCGCAAGACCAUCGCGGUCGGUCUCACAACUAAUUUCAUCGGCGCUGUCCUCCAGAUAGUUUCAUGGCACCUUCCGCAGAUGAUUGUCGGUCGAGUCAUAAACGGAUUCGGCUUCCAACUGAUCUUCCCCAUUAUUGUCGCCACAGCCCUACUUUGCGUGCCUGAAUCUCCACGUUGGCUUAUGCUCAAAGAUCGCCAUGAGGAAGCCCGCAAGGUGAUUGCCCGUCUCCACGGAAAAACACAGACCUCGAUCACGAAGACGAUGAUGCUAUACGGUGCCUCCACCAUGGGCUCGUGCUAUCUUGUUGCUGCUCUCUGUCUCAGGGCUGCCCAGAACGAUAAAUCUAAGGAGGCCACGCUCGGCCGCGUCGUCACUGCCAUGUUCUUCCUCUACUACUUCUUCUACGGAACCAGCUUUGCCAAGGUCGCGUGGGUAUACAACUCGGAAAUUAAUUCCAUCGGCUGGCGAACGAGAGGUGCUGCCGCAGCCACUGCAACCAACUGGAUGGGCGGCUUUAUCGUGACGCAGUUCACUAAGGCGGGCGUCAAUAAUCUAAAGUGGGGAUUCUACCUCAUCUUCGCGAUCAUCUGCUGGGCCUACUUCCCGGUUGUCUAUUGCUUCUAUCCUGAGACAACGCGCCGAACCUUGGAAGAUAUGGACGAAAUUUUCAUCCAGAACCCCUCUAUAUUCGUCUGCGGCAAGCCCGAUCUCACGCAGCGCCAGCGACCGCAGGCAUUUAUCGAAGCUGAGCAGCAAAGAAUUGCCGCCGCCGGUGACGAAAAGACCAAUGUCCAUCACCCGAGAUGCCAGAACUGCAUCGAAGCAGAGGUGGAGUGCCACUACGACGACACUCCGUCGCAGAGAAUCGAUACAUCUGGCGGGAGUCGGGAGAUUCUCCACAAACUUCAACGCAUCGAGUCCCUACUAGACGAUCAGUCCCGGAUCGUCGCCACCCUUUCGUCUGAGCUUCACCUUCGUUCCACCCAGGAAGAUAUUCAAGGUACCUCACCUAAUAGCCAGGUAUCCUCGGUACCGGCUAUCGGUAGCCGCUUCAGCGUCCCCAUCACAACAUGGCCAGCAAACAUUUACGAGGCCCAAUCUGACGUAUCCAUUUUACCGCCGCUUGAUAUACCCGUCAAGCAUAAGACCUCCUCUAGCUACCUCCUCACCCUCCCCUCUAUGAAGGCUUUGAUAGGCGAAUACCCCACUGACCUCUUCUUCCUCCUCGAAUCUAAAAAUCCGCUCCCUUCCCAAUUAUCCUUUGAGACCAUCCCCCACCAGCCCCAUCUAUUCACGUUGAUCGUGAGACAGCUGAUUACCUGA